AUGAAUCUCAACUUCCUUGUUUUAUUAUUUGUUGCGGUUUCCUAUUCUCUAGCUGCGGAAGACAUUCCUACUGAUAACCCAUCAGUAAAGGAGCCUACAUCCGAUGUAACUACAACCGAGGAGCCUCAAAUAGGCGAAGCACUUUCAAUAGAGCGCGAUCCUGCAGCUCUACCUGCCGAGGAGCAUCAUGCGGAUGCAGUUUUGUCGGCGGAACCGAUAGGAGAUGAGGUGACUGAGAGCCCAGCCACUCCACAUAUAAGAGCAAGAAGACACUAUGGCUAUGGAGGAUAUGGCUACGGAGGUGGCUACGGAGGCGGAUACGGUCAUGGAUAUGGCCAUCAUGGUUAUCGCGGAGGAUAUGGCGGUUACCCAUACAUGGGGGGCGGAUACCCCGGCGGUGGUUACGGCUACGGUAAUGGACUAGGCUGGGGACUUUCAAGCUCAUUGAACAUUGGUGGAUACUCCAACUCUGGCGGUUGGGGAUUCGGAAAAUAA